CAAACAAUUCGAUCGUUUGUCGAUCGUGUUGUACUGUCUGUCACUGCUGCGAUUAAUAGAAAUGACGAAGAAAAACCAGCAAUACGUUGGUCCUUUGAAAUGGGAAUCGGGGGCGAAAGUGACAAGAUGUUGUUUGAUUUCAUUUUUCGAGUUAGAUAAGGAUUUGGAAUCGCAGAUCGGUGUAGCCAGCUAAACAUAGCGAGAUUCAGAGUGACGAUUAGUGUGAAAGACUUUCAAGUCACAGCGAACUGUCUAAAGGGCAGAGUAUUUGAGAUUGAUUCCUAACAACAGUUGAAUGCAGCGAUUACCAAAGUGAUAACGAAGUAGUGGGAGUUAAAAGGUAGAUUUCCCAAAUCUGGCAAAUCUGGGGAAUAUAUUCAACAUGUUUAACGCUAGAAUAAACUUUUUAUUAACGAUCAUUCAUUAACCAUGAUCAUCUUAUUGUUGGGCCACAGCUUCUUGAGGUGUUCAAAAUGAAGAGUCUUUUGACACUGAUUUGCCAAAACUUCUUCUCAGAGAUGAGAGCUGAUCAUACGAUAUGCCAUUGCAGCUCCAGUUUGACUUUCGAUAGCAGGGCCCUAAAGGAACACUUAAAACAAAUGUUUAGAACAAAAUUCUGCUACUACACAAAUGCCAAGUCUCAUUACCCAAGAGUAAAAUCUGAUUUAAGGUAUUCAGAACUGGUCAGAACUACCUGAGAUGUCCCCGCCCUCAUCAGCACGGUUAACCAAGUCCCAAGUGCAGCAAAUGAGAGACUGGCGAAUAAAGCAUGGUCAAAGUGUUGCACAAAAAACAGUAAGGAACAUGAGUAUAAAAGACAACCCAGGUACUCUGCCGAUAAAUCUCUAUUUAACAGAGCAGCCUACAAGUCAGCCAUUUGAUUUCGGUAAGGAUGGAGAGGUCCAAGGAGAAAGGACAGAAACAUUAGUUAUUGUAAGAAGGGAGAGGGGACGAAAGAAGGCCCUGAAGUGAUCUUGUCCAGUCGUCUGGUGACAUUGUCUAUCUUGCCUCAGAUGCUUUAUCUUGCUAAUGCCGAAAUUGUAUGUAUUGCAGCAAGAUGUAACCACUGCUACCAAAAAAUCGAGGGCAAUGUGCUUUGAUGCCGAUGUGCUCAAUCCCUUAACUUUCACAGAAGAGGCGGAAAGGGAAAUCAACAACUUUAUUUCAGUAUUCCCCCGUGAGUACAUGGUAUUACCUACAUUAUUUAUGUUGUAAAUCUUAAAUCAAAAUAAGGGCUAUAAUUAAAGAACAAGUUUUUGUCUAUAUUCCAUACAUGAAUGUAUGUAAGCAGCUGUAAGUCUGUAGAUAUGAGAAUCGACAUAGCUCGACAUUGUUAAAUAUGAAGAGGGUUUUUUCAUUGUUGUCAAAAUUAUUAAAAAGAAGGUAUCUGUUACCAAUGUUUCUGUAAAGUUAGAUCGAAGACUGUCGUAAGAUUACAAUUGAAUAAAAAGUGUAAUUCCUUUUCAACUUCAUUUAAGUGACAGAAGGGGCAAAUUCGAAGAUUUUCUGGAGUUUUCGGUACUGUAUGUUUGCCCGUUUCAAUUUGUAAGCGAUGGUUGCCAAGUCUCAAUUUGUUCAGUAUUUUUUUGUGAUUUAUAUUGGUGAUUAUGUUCAAGCAAUCACUUUUGUGACAGUCAUUUUUGAAUAUUGAGUAGAAUUUUAGUUUCGUGAUAUUUCUUAUUAGAUUAUAUUGGUGUGAACUCAGUUCUUCACGUUUAGUUAAUUGAAUAUUCUUUACAUAUGUUGAGGAGUUGUUAUCAUUUAAAUACAGUUCAUUGAGAUUUCAAUUGUUGCAUAGGGUAUUAAGUUUUUUCAAAAUAUUCAUAUGGUUUUCUCAACCAUAUCUUUUGGUAUUUUUAAACAAUGCUUGUCAUAAUGAUCAUCUUUUUUGUUUUCUAACUGUAUCCAAAAUUUGAUAAUAUUUAUGUUAGUUAUUUCCUUCAGUGGUAGUCGUCCAAGUUCAUUUCUGCAUGCAACAUUUGGACACUGCUUAUUCACACCUAGAACUUGUUUACCGAAUUGCAUUUGUGUUUUCUCUAUUAUAUCAUUUCCCAAUGAAUUAUAAUCAUCUUUAUCGUAGAUGCUCCAAACCUCAGAGCCAUACAUCAGAAUUGGGAGAUACUGCGAAUUAAAUAAUCUGUUAGAAAUAUCUAUCGGAAGUCUAAGAAAGUAAAGGUGCUGACGAUUGUUAAGGACAUAUGCAAUUCUUUGAAAGAAGGCUUCGUUAAUGACAAAAUUGUUGAAAUGACAGAGAACGAAUUUAUACAUUAUCAGUCUCACAUGAUCCGUCAUGUAGAAUCGGUCACCAUAGAAGAAGCCAGGGAAUGUGUAGGGGAAGACCAAGAACUAACAAAUACCACAUUCAGAGGAUCAAGACGACCAAGGAAGAGGGCAAAUUUUGACGAGUUUAUGUGUUAUGAUAAUUGA